AUGCUAGCUGUCAAUCAAGCGUUUAAGAGCAAAGCACAGCUCACCAAACGGACUCCUCCUCACUUCCUCCUCACCUCCUCCUCACUUCCUCCUCACCUCCUCCUCACUUCCUCCUCACCUCCUCCUCACUUCCUCCUCACUUCCUCCUCACCUCCUCCUCACUUCCUCCUCACUUCCUCCUCACCUCCUCCUCACUUCCUCCUCACUUCCUCCUCACCUCCUCCUCACUUCCUCCUCACCUCCUCCUCACUUCCUCCUCACCUCCUCCUCACUUCCUCCUCACCUCCUCCUCACUUCCUCCUCACUUCCUCCUCACCUCCUCCUCACUUCCUCCUCACUUCCUCCUCACCUCCUCCUCACUUCCUCCUCACUUCCUCCUCACCUCCUCCUCACUUCCUCCUCACCUCCUCCUCACUUCCUCCUCACUUCCUCCUCACCUCCUCCUCACUUCCUCCUCACUUCCUCCUCACCUCCUCCUCACUUCCUCCUCACUUCCUCCUCACCUCCUCCUCACUUCCUCCUCACUUCCUCCUCACUUCCUCCCCACCUCCGCCUCAGGAUUUCUUCGCUCUCACAUUCACCUUGCCUUGUUGCCACCACCAGACCGAGGACGGGACAGAAGGACAUGGUUUGGACCUGGGUGGUUCUGUCUCGAUGCUAAUGUACGGAGCUGUAUGGACCUCUCUCUCCUCCUCCCUCCUUCAGGCCCCUUAA